AUGGGUAAAGGCACCGAUAAACUCUACAUUACACACUCCGAGUGGUCGUCCUCGGACGCCUACUCUCCCAGCGUCGGCGCCGGCGCCGCCUCGUCGCGCAAUGCCAAAACCGGCGUCCCCUUUCGCAAGCUGCCCUUCAACUUUUGCGCCGCGAGCCUGCAGCCCUUCCAGAACCCCGUGUGCACGCCCGACGGCACCAUUUUCGACGUCGAGGUCAUUGGCGCCUGGCUCGAGAAGCACCCGAACCAGAACCCCGUCGACGGCGCGCCGCUGCAGAAGCGCGACCUCAUCCGGCUCAGCUUCGCGCGCAACGCCGCGAGCGACUCGCGCGGCGCGGGCCUCGGCGACGACAAGGGCGACCUCGUCGACCCCGUCACGUACAAGGUCUUUACCGACAACACGCACAUUGUCGCCGUCCGCCACGGGACCUACGCCAACGUCUUCGCAUGGGACACGGUCGAGCGCAUGAACGUCAAGGCCAAGAUGUGGCGGGACCUGCUCGACGACGAGCCCUUUACGCGCGCCGACAUCAUCACGCUGCAGGACCCGCACAAUGCCGCGCGCCGCAGCCUAGACCAGUUCAAGUACCUCCGGGACGGCGCGGGCGCGCAGCGCAGCAAGGACCAGGAGGAGGAGGAGGAGCGCGCCCGCGCCGAGGGCGGCAUCAACGCCGGCGCGCUCGGCAGCAUGGGCGACAAGGUGCUUAGGGCGAGAGCGGCCGUGGACAAGGCGCGCAAAGCCCGCGAGGCCGGCGGCGACGUCAACCGCAGCGCGGGGACGGCACUGGCCAAGACGGGCGCCGCCGGCCCUGUGUCGACCGCCGCGCGGGAGAGCAUGAUCAAGGAGAAGAAGCUGGCGGCCAUGGCGGCGGCGUACACGACGGGACGCGCCGCCGCGAGCUUCACCAGCACCGGCCUCACGCCGGAGACGAGCGGCGCGCGCGCGCUGCUGACGGACGAGGAGUUUAUGCUCAAGCCGAAGCGCGUCACGAGCAAAGGUUACGCCCGGCUCGAGACGAACCUGGGCGACCUGACGAUGGAGCUGCACACGGAUACCGCGCCCAAGGCGGUAUGGAACUUUGUCAAGCUCGCCCAAAAGGGCUACUACAAGGACGUGGCGUUUCACAGGAACAUUCCCAACUUUAUGAUCCAGGGCGGCGAUCCCUCAGGGACGGGGCGCGGCGGCGCGAGUAUCUGGGGAAAGUAUUUCGACGACGAGUUUGACGGUCCGCUGACGCACAAUGCCCGCGGCACAGUCUCCAUGGCCAACAAGGGCAAAAACACAAACUCGAGCCAAUUCUUCAUCGCCUACAAGGCCGUGCCGCACCUCGACCGCAAGCACACCAUCUUUGGCACCGUCGUGUCCGGGCUCGACGUGCUCGCGCAGAUGGAGGACGUGCCGACCGACGGCUCCCAGCGACCGCUGCAUAAAAUCGUCAUUCGCAAUGUCGCCGUUUUUGUUGACCCGUUUGCUGCGUUUCAGGCGCAGCACCAGCAGCAGGAGCGCGACGAGGCCCGCCGGCUGCAAGUCGAGCGCGAGGGCGGCGAGGAGGCUGAUAAGACGACGUGGACGGGCAAGCGCAUUCGUGCGGACGGAUCGGUGGAGGAGGCGGGCGGCGGCGAUGCGGUUGGAAAGUAUCUGAAGACGACGACGACGCCGGCGGCGGCGGCUGUGGACGGGGAUCAAGGGCGGGAGGAGGUGCCGUGGACGGAGCCGGAGCCGCCGCGGAAAAAGAUGCGCGGGACCGGUGGGUUUGGCAACUUCGACGGCUGGUGA